AAUAGAAAUACCUAUUGUUAAGAAAAUCUAUCAAUGCUAUUUACUGUAGCAUAAAAAAUAAAAAAUUAAACUUAGAAAUUGUAGAAGUAUAAUAUAGAAAUUUUACAAAAUCUGUGGAAUUGUUUUGCUGCAAUGCGAUAAAAAAACUUUUGGUUUGUCCAAAGUCUGCAAAAUAGUAUGUAUUCUGUAAACUUUGAUGCGCUAUUGUUUCCAUUCACAAUUCGAUAUAAUUUUAUGAAACAAAUCAAUUUUAAUAUGUAUGUAAUAACUAAUUUAGGCACCACAAAACACCAACAGUCCUAAUAAUAUAUUCCAUGGCGCACUUUGUGAUCUGUGACAAUGUCACAUAUGUCAAUUUUGUCAACCUCAUUUUUGUGUAUUGGGUUUUGGCGGAAUUAUUUCAGAUGUUCUCUGUAUAGGUUUUUGGUUCGUCCCUAAAAGCUGAUAAUUUCUGUAGAACAUAUUUUCAUAAAGUUUUUUAAAAACACGAUUUGCCAAUUCAUCUCGAGAUUUAGCGAAUGCAGGCGUAGUGUGAAGUCGGACAAACCGCCGAUGGCUGGUAAAAGAAGUGCCACUAGUGAUCUAAAUCACGAAAAUUGGAACUAUGACGAGGAGCCCGAAGAGAGAGGAGUAUUUAAGAAAGCUUCCGACGACGCUCUGAAAGCCAGAGUAAUCAGAACGGCCAAACGAAGGAAUCCAAUAUCAUCAGUUAGGGAAAACAAUAUUGAAGAAAAGAAAAAUAUAUUUGCUAGCUUCACAGCAUUUCAAAGUAGCCAGCCUUCGUCAGAUUUCUCCUUCAUUAAUGAUGUCUCAAAAUCUAGCUCUAUAAAAGUAAAUGGGACAGAAAAGGCAACCAAUAUAUUUUCAAGUAGUGGAAGUAUUUUUGGAGCUGUUCCCUUGACAAAUGCCACAAUAAAGGGUACUAACAGCAAUGAAGUCAUCACUUCAGUUCCCGGGGAAGGAUCAAAACAUUCAGAUACAUACUUUUCUAAACUGAAAGGCCUGAACGAAAGUGUUUCUAAGUGGAUUGUUCAAAAAGUAGAGGAGAACCCCUUGAUUAGUCUGCAACCUAUAUUUAAUGAUUAUAAAAAAUAUCUAGAUGAAUUAGAAAAUGACGAACAAAAGAAUGGUCAACAGGAAGUAGCUAACUCAAAUUCUACACCAUUGUUUAGCUACUCUAAAAAUAUGCCAGUUCCUGAUAGCACCUCAGAGAAGACUGCAGAAAAUAAAACAGUUACACAAUUUAAGUUUGGCUUGCCUGAAGCAAGUGUAUCAAAUGUAGUCAAUACAAAACCAUUUUCUUUAGGAACCACUUCAGGCCCACACACGUCUUCAUUUUCUUUUGGAAGCAGUUCCUCAGGAGUGUUUAGCAAUAGUUUUGGUUCACAAAGUUCUGUUAAAACCACAGAACAAACUGCAGAAGACAAUGACGAUGAUGAAGAGCCCCCAAAAGUGACAUUUACAGCAGUUGUGGAAAAGGAUCACUUUUACACCACUAGGUGCAAAGUUUUUGUCAAGAAAGGUGACAAUUUUAGUGACAUGGGAGUGGGCAGUUUGUACCUAAAACCCAUUGAAAAGACUGAAAAAGUUCAGUUAAUUGUGAGAGCUGAUACAAACUUGGGUCAGUUGUUAUGCAAUUUCAUCCUUUCAAAAAGCUUGCCUAUUAAGAGAAUAGGAAAGAAAGAUGUAAUGUUAGUUACAAUUCCUACACCAAACUCGCAGCCAACUCCUGUACCUAUUCUGUUAAGGGUCAAGUCAUCAGAGGACGCAGACAAUCUUUUGGAAACAUUGGAAAAACAUAAAAACUAGAUAAGAACCCCAAUUUUUGCUGAUUUUACUUUUUGUGCUCAAUAUAGUUUGUUUUUUAAUUAAGCAUUUUAUUAAAAUAAAAAUACUUAAUUCACAUAUCUCAAUUAUUAAAAUAAGUCAAU